CUUGUGGUCGGUGGCUGUUCAUUUCUCUCCCUUCCCUCACAAAAACGGAGGAAAAAGCAUAUUCAGCCUAAUUUCUCAGAAGGAAGAAAACGAAAACAAAAACCAAGAAAAAUCUUCAUAGUACCAACUUGGUGAUAACGAAUAAUCGAGAAUUGUUGGUGGCUAGUAUAAAGAGGGAGGGAGAUCAUAAGACAUGAUGACAGACUCACCAAAGACACCGGCGAAAGGCAGUAGCAAGUCACUCAUGGAGAAUUUGCUCGGUCUUCUCCGCAUCCGCGUCAAACGCGGUGUUAAUCUCGCCGUCCGCGACGUCCGUAGCAGCGAUCCCUACGUCGUGAUCAAGAUGGGUAAACAGAAACUGAAGACUCGUGUAAUUAAAAAGGAUGUUAAUCCUGAGUGGAAUGAAGAUCUUACUCUUUCUGUCACAGACCCCAGUAUCCCAAUCAAGCUGACUGUGUAUGACCAUGACACAUUCAGCAAGGAUGACAAAAUGGGAGAUGCAGAAUUCGGCAUCUCAACUUACAUAGAGGCAUUGAAGGUGAACUUGGAAGGGGUCCCAAGUGGCACGACAGUGACGAGAAUACAACCAAGCAGGGCAAACUGCCUAGCUGAAGAGAGCUGCAUCCAGUGGAAGGAUGGGAAGGUGGUGCAAGACAUGUGCCUCAGAUUGAGAAAUGUUGAAUGCGGCGAGGUCGAAAUCCAGUUGCAAUGGAUUGACCUUCCUGGUUCCAAGGGAUUAUGAGUGCCUCAAGUUCUAUGCUUAAGUCGUGUUCCUGCAUAAUAUAUGGGCUGGUUGUUGUGGUUGUAAGAUUCUAAACAUAACAGUUUUUCAUAAGCUGGGAUGGUUUGUUGACGAUCUAAAUUUCCAUGGUGCUCCGGAGUAUAGAAUACUCCGAAAAAUCCCGUUGAUAAGAUAUGUAUAACAAACUCCCGAUGUAUGUACUUAAAUUAGGGUUGAACGAUUUUUGACUUUCAUCUCUGUCUUGCUGGGUAUGAUGUCAAGUAGCAAGCUCUUCAUGUCUUAGAAUCUUGCUUUGUAUUAUUUAUGUACCCAUUAAUUUGCAGGAAAAGUUAUAUACAAUGGAUUAUAAUAAACGUGGUUGUACAUUUGCAUCUA